UACGUUUGGAUCGCUAUCCGGAUGUCACCCGGCAUCAUCAAGCGUAAGCAUGCAGACCGCUUACCGCCGGUCUCCUCUUCCGGGGUUCGAAAGGUCGAGAUUGAAGUCCAUGUACUUGCAGGGGGGGCAAGAUGAGCUGUUCUUGCAGCUCGAAAAUUCAGGCACUCGAUUUCUCGUCAAAUCCGCAAUAAAUAUCCUCCGCCAUGUAUAUGUCCGAAGGCGUUCGCGGCGGUGUUUGCCUGGUGCCAUUGGGCUUCAACCUUGCAUUGUGGCCUCACACUAUGGCGCCGACGGUGAUACAUGGACAGGGUUUGUUCAAAACUGCUUUUCUCUCCGGCCAUGGGAGUAGUUACCAUAUUGCGGUGUGGGAUAUUGCAAAGCUCCUCCUAUUCGAUGUAGAAGUACAGAAAAGUACCCUGGGGUCCGCAGGUAUCAUGGCAUGGGUCAAUCUUCCCGCCAACCGAGCCGCCGAGUGGGAGAGCACCUCCAGCCGAUCAAUGCAAGCCACCCUCGGCAGUAGAAUCCAGUUGACUGAAGUAAUCUGUUCAGGAAUUUCAUCAACUCCUGGAUGUAGCACAAGUACAAGGUACAUGAAAUGACGAGCAAUUUCAGUGGCAGCUGAAGUAAAUGGUACCUGGCGCGACUAUUCCCAUCUGGGACUAGCGCCCAAUCUCCGAAUUCUU